AUGAAUUCUAAGGGCAAAAGGACUUUGGGUCCAAUUCAAAAAAUAAGCAAGCCAUCUUUUGAUUAUGAGUCAGCUCUGAAGGAACAUCGAGAGGUAGAGGAAAGAAUAAAAAUGGAAACUGACACUCAAGAUCCGAGGAAAUUUGUGAUGAAUCUGUUGAAUGAUCGUGAUAAUUCAUUCGUAUUGGAUAACUCUUUUACUAAUUCAUAAGUGGCAGCAAAAAAGCAGGUGUAUGUACGCUCUAGGCGGAUUAAGAGUUAAAUACCUUGCUUGUAAGGGUAAACAAAAAAUAACUCCUAAAUUCAAUAUGCAUCUCCAGCGCAAAGUUUAAAGUUUGAUUUUGAUUUGAAACCAGAUUUCAAUUCCAAACGAUCAAAUUUUGUUCCCAAGUUUAUAAAUUCUGGAAUAAACUUUGAUGUAGAAGUAAAAGGAACACUGGGAGAAGAAUUUACAGAGUUUCAGAAGUAUGAUAAUGAUUCAUAACCAGAGGAGAUUCCAAAAAAUAAAAACUUUUCUUAUGGAGGCAGAAUGACUAACAAGAAGUUAAAGGAGUACGAUUGUUGGGAUGAAGAUAGAACUCCUCAAGAAUGGAUAGAAAUUUGUAAAUAGAGUAAUCCUCCACAUGCAAAAUGUCCAAUGUUUGAUGAAUCAGACAAAUACAUUUGGACAGAUGUGGAAGUGAUCGGUUUUGAGAAUGGUAAAUUCGAAGUUAAAAUAUUGAGAUCAAACAAAAUCAAAAGGAUUGGCAGAUUAUCAUUAUAAUUUUACUCAGAAGACCCUGUAAAGUUUGAACAAAGAGUAGAAUUGUGUAAACAAAGACAAAAGAAUGCAAAUGAUGAAUUGCGAUUCGUAAAAUAUGUGGAUUCUCUGCCUGAUUCCAUGACGUCUACGUUAUCUCUAGAAAUGUAGAAAAAGAUUGAUGAAUACACAGUGUUUAGAGAUUUGCCAUUCCUUACAAAAGAAGAUCCAAGUAAGAUAGCUCCUGGAUUCCCAUAGAUAUAAACAUUUAAGGAUGAAGCAAAGUAAAUGGUCACAGAUCCAGAAAUCAGAAGGAAACAAAUGCAACAUCUUGAGUUGCUCAAAAAAGACUUAGUGAAGUAAGUUCAAAAAGAGUAUACCAUGCUUAUGAAAAAAUGUUCAAUUCUCAAGGAUAUGGAGGUGAAUAAGAACGAUGUCAAAUGGCUUCAAUUAAGAAUCAAAAAUAGAUUUGAAUAAACCAAAAAGCCUUAUUAUGGACUAACUAAAUAAUUUGGGAGUGAUACUAAAAUUCUGAGUUUUGAAACUUUGGGGUAACAACCUGUGAAGCAAAUCAAAAUUCAAGAUAAUUGGGGUUUCGUCUAAGUCAGAUAAAAUGUAUCUCAAUUGCACUAUUCUAAAUUUGCUGUAGUAGUCAACACUUUGAAUGCUUUAACUGCCAGAUCCCAAUUGUAUUAGAAUUUCCCACUCUUGAAUGUAUUGCUUAAUCAUUAAUCAUUGCCAAUGACCUUGUCCAAUUUCGAAAGCUAACAAAAAUAGCAUAAUGUCUAGGGAAGAUAAACACUGUAGGUUUAAUGGCGUAGUACUAUUGUUGGAGACAUCUAAGAUAAAUUAAGAGAGAAAUAUCGAUUCUAUUAGACUGAAACUGAGGAUUACUUGGAUAGUGAAUUGUAAAAAUUGCUAAUUCGAAUCGACUAUAUGUUUACCAAUUUCAUUAGAGAGAAUGUUGUUCGCUAAACUUGUUAGUCUUGGGUGGAUUUUAUUAAAAGGUUUACUACUCCUAAGGAAGGAGAGCAGUGGAGGAUUAACGAUUAUCCAUUAUUGAUUUUAAAUCUCGAAGUGAAUCUCACUUUCAAAAAGAGUAAGAAGAACGAUAAAAAAAAUAAGUAAGAAGAUACUCCUUUAUUUGAAGAGGAUUUCAAUAGUGCCAUUUACUUCUCUCCUAAUUACUUAGCCAUCUAAUAGGGUUUGUUGAAACCAUUAGAUCUCUUAUUGGAAUCUGUGAAUUCAUUUAAUAGACUUGAGAAAGAUCUGGUUCCGUUGGUGGACAUAGAUCAAAGAAAAUAAAUAAAGGGAAAAUUGAGGGCUUACGAAAUUGAAAACGACAAGGAUUAAAUGUGGAUUAAGUGGGCCAAGGAAAAGGUUUAAGCAUACUUAGAGAUUGGUUAUUAGAAACCAAAUGAAAUGCUAUAGAAAUUCAGAGAAUUUAGUUUUCUAUUAGAAAAGUCAGUGGCAAGUGUAUUAAAAAGCUUGUUUGGAGAUGUGUCCAAAAAACCGAUCAUAACAUCACUAGACAAAGAUGAGAUACAAAAAAAGCUAUCUGAUUUCAUUAAUGCUAAAUUUUAAAUACAAAGAUUAUGCUUGGAUGAAAAGAAUGAAUAAUUUUUUUAGAUAAGAACUAGAAUAGCCAAGGAGAAUUUGAUAUCUAAGGCCAAUGAAUUUAUCACAUCCAUCUUGAAGCAGUGUUCAGAUAUUGUGACUGACAACAUAAGUCGUUUAAGUUAAGAAUAUAGUGACAUGAGCGAAAGAAUUACAAAGCAACCAAAAAACGAGGCUGAAUUAAUCGAAUUAAAAACGUACAUUGCAGAACACGAAGUAAAUUUGGCAAAGAAGAAAUAAGAAGUGGAUUUUAUCUACGAUUACUUGACUAUGUUUGAAGAUAUGAGUCAUAAUUUUGAAGAUAAAAAUCUUUAUGAGUUUUGGAACUUAUAUAGUUUUCCUCCUGAAAUUAAAAAUCAUGUGAUUGAAGGUCAAAGGAAGGCUAAUUUAUAGGAGUAAAAGUUUAUGGAGAAUUUGGACAAUGAGAAAGAUAAAUUCUAAGUAGAAUUGAAGGAAUUGACUGAGUUGUUCAUAACUGUUUAGAAGUUUGAUGACUAUUCAAGAGUUAAGGAUGUGGCUAAUGAUGUUGUGUCACUAAAUGAUAGAUUCUAAAAUGCCCUGAAGAAGGUUGAAUCCUUCAAUGAGAGAGAACUAUUAUUCAAACAGUAACCAUCAGUCUAUGAAGACUUGAAUUAGUUGAUUAAGGAUUUCACUAUUUACUACAAUUUGUGGACGAAUGCCAUAGAAUUCGAGUAUGACAGGAGUGAUUGGUGCACUGGGUCAUUCUUAAAACUUAAUUUCGCUGAAAUUGAUAAUAAAGUAAGAACCAACCAAAGAAAUGCCAAUAUUCUAAUAAAGGCUUUCUCAGAUGCACAAGAUGACGUGGCUGUGGAUGUGGCACGUAAAUUGAAAGGUUAAAUCGAUGAGUUUAAAGAGAAAUUGUGGUUGAUUGAAUUAUUGACUACGGAGGCAAUGAAGACUAAACUGAAUUUGUGGAAAGACAUUUGGAAGGUUGCAGGGAUUGUUGAUUAGGAAACAAAUGAUGAUUUGUCAUUGGAUGCUUUGGUUUCUCACGGCUUAAUGAAUUUUAGAAACGAUAUAGAAGAAGUAUCAAGGAAGGCUGAAAAGUAAUGGCAAAUAGAAAAAAAUCUGAAUUUAAUUUAAGAGAAGCUAAAAGAUCAGAAAGUUGAAAUGAUUCCAUACAAAAAGACAGGAACUUUUGUAUUGAAAUCAUUAGAAGAAGUAGUUUAAUGUUUUGAUGAUUAAUUCAACAUUCUAUUGAUGUUAAAGGCAUAGCCGUAGAUCAAAGCUGUAUUACAUAAAGCAUAAGCCUUGGAACAAAAGAUAGUUUUAAUUUAGGAUUCACUUGAUGGUUGGAUAAAGUGUUAAAGGGGAUGGAUGUACUUGGAACCUAUUUUUACAUCAGAUGAUAUCAAGAAGAAAAUGCCAUUAGAAACUUAAAAAUUCUUGAAGGUGGAUGCUCAUUGGAAAUUAGUAAUGGAAUAAUUUAGCAAAGAGCCCAAUCUUUGGGAUGGAAUAGAAAGUGAGAAGAUGAAGAAUGAAUUCGAUUAAGAUAAUAAAGCGUUGGAUUAGAUUUAGAAAUCUUUAAGUGAGUAUUUGGAGACAAAGCGUAACUCAUUUCCAAGAUUUUAUUUCUUAUCAGAUGAGGAACUAUUGGAAAUCUUGGCAUAAACCAAGGAUCCAGAAACAGUGUAAAAGCAUAUUAAUAAAUGUUUCGAAGCCAUCAAUUUAUUAGAAUUUAUAAAUGGAUAGGAAGUGGUGGCUAUGAUUUCAGCGGAAAAAGAAAAAGUGCAAUUUUCAAAAGGAAUUAAUGUUAAUGAUGGGGAAAAGAAAGGGAAUGUGGAAAAGUGGUUAAGUGAGAUUGAGUCUGUUAUGAUAGAUACUUUGAAGAAGAUAAUGAAAGCCUCACAUUUGGACAACGGAUACAAAGAGAGUUGUUUGGGUAAGGAAAUGGCCUGCUUAAAUUGUCUUGGCAAGGUAGUGAGACAGCUAUAAAUGAUAAAGAGAAUCAAUAAGGAGGAUUGUCAGGAUUUUUAUAAAAUAUUGAUUAAUGAACUAAGAGAUAUUGUAGAUUUAGUUAGAUAAGAUCUAUCACCUUUAGAGAGGUUAACAUUGGGUGCACUUGUAGUGUUAGAUGUGCACGCUAGAGAUGUGAUUAGAUAAUUAGUAAAAAUUGGUUGCAAUGAUAUUAAUAAUUUCUAAUGGAUGGCAUAAUUAAGAUAUUAUUGGACUGAAUAAGUAAUGAAAUGCAACGUAAAAAUGAUAAACGCUGAUUUACUAUAUGGAUAUGAAUAUUUGGGUAAUAGCAUGAGAUUGGUUAUUACCCCUUUGACUGACAGAUGUUAUCGUACUUUAAUGGGAGCAUUCCAUUUAUAAUAUGGAGGAGCACCAGAAGGACCAGCAGGAACAGGAAAAACUGAAACUGUAAAAGAUUUGGCUAAGGCAUUGGCAGUCUAAUGUGUUGUAUUUAAUUGUUCUGAUGGUUUGAACUAUUUGGCUAUGAUUCAGGAGCUCUGGUGUUGUUUCGAUGAAUUCAAUCGUAUUGAUUUAGAAGUGCUCUCAGUUAUCGCUUAAUAGGUGCUCACAAUUUAGGACGCUAUUAGAUAGAAAAGACCAGAAUUUGAGUUUGAAGGCACUAUAAUUAAAUUGAUUCCAUCUUGUGCUAUCAACAUUACAAUGAAUCCUGGGUAUGCGGGUAGAUCUGAUUUACCAGAUAACUUAAAGGCCCUAUUCAGACCAUGCGCUAUGAUGGUUCCAGAUUAUGCGUUGAUUUCAGAAAUCUAUUUAGCCUCUGUAGGAUUUCAAGAUGCAAAUAAUCUAGCACGUAAAAUUGUCGCUUCUCUAAGAUUAUCAUCUGAAUAACUGUCAUCAUAGGAUCAUUAUGAUUUUGGUAUGAGAGCUUUAAAAGCUAUCUUAACAGCUGCAGGUAAUCUAAAAAGAGUCAUGAACGACAUUGAAGAUAUCAUUUGUUUAAGAGCACUCAUGGAUGUAAAUAUUCCAAAAUUCACAAUAAAUGAUGUGCCCCUAUUCAAUUCAAUUACAUCAGAUCUAUUUCCUGGAAUAAAGUUACCUGAAUAGGAUUAUGGAGCACUAGAAACAGCACUCAAAAAUACAGCUUAGGAGAUCAAUAUUCAAGCAGAAAAGGGAUUCAUUGAAAAGUGCAUUCAAUUGUUUGAUACUAUAAAUGUUCGACAUGGUUUGAUGAUUGUAGGAUAGGCAUUUGCAGGUAAAUCAAAAGUGUUGGAAUGUUUGGCUAAGGCUAUGUCAUCAUUAAAUAAAGUGUAGCCAUUUGUGAAUGUUGCUGUUCUCAAAUUGAAUCCAAAAUCCAUCACUUCAGAUCAAUUGUAUGGUAAAUUGGAUCCAGACACCAAAUCAUGGACUGAUGGAGUCAUUGCCAUUAUUAUGAGGUAGUGUGCAUAAGAUGCUGAGGUGGAAGAAAGGAAGUGGGUUGUAUUUGAUGGACCUGUCGAUGCAGUUUGGAUUGAAAAUAUGAACACCGUUUUGGACGAUAAUAAGAAAUUAUGUUUGACUUCUGGUGAAAUCAUUAAGAUGACAAAUUGGAUGACCAUGAUGUUUGAAGUUGAAGAUCUUGCUGUUGCAUCCCCUGCCACUGUAAGUAGAUGUGGUAUGGUCUUUUUAGAGACUCAAUAAAUUGGAUGGUAUGCAUUAGUCAAAUCAUUUAUCCAAACAAUCCCUGAAAAAUACAUAGAACAUCACUUUUUGGAUGAUCUAUUAAGAGUCAUUAUUGAUUGUAGUUAGGAGUGGUUAAGGAAGCAUGGCAAAUUCCCAAUUUACAAGAGUGAAAUGACUUUAGUUAAAAACAUGUUACUUAUACUUCAAACCUAUCUACAAGAAUGGACAGAUAUGGACGAAAAGGCUCAAUAAAAAUAAAUCAAUCAUAAUGAAAUCAAGGAUGUAGUCUCUAAGGCCAUUCUAUUUUCUUGUGUUUGGAGUUUCGGUGCAGCCAUAGAUGAAGUGUGCAGAAAAUAAUUUAACUAAUUCUUGAUUAAGUUGAUUUCGGCUGAAGAUGUACAUGAGACUUUCAAUCUGUAAUUGCAAUACAAGUUUUAACCCAUCACAAUCAAUGCUAAAUUACCUGAUAAAGCUAAUCUAUUUGAUAUGGUCUAUGAUAGAACUAAAAAUAGCUUCAUAAGUUGGACUUAAACACAACCUCCAUUCGUCAUUUAAAAAGGAUGUGAUUAUCAUGAUUUACUUAUUCCCACAAGUGAUUCUAUUAGAAAUAAUUAUUUCUUGCAUUUAUGUGUCAGAAACAAGAUUCAUCUAUUAGUAACUGGACCAACAGGUACUGGUAAGACAUCAAACAUUGUAAGUGAAAUAAAUAAAAACUAUUUUAAUAAUGAAUACACUAACUUGAUAACUGCUUUUUCAGGUUAAACCUUAGUAAAUUAGGUUUAAAAAACUAUUGAAGCUAAGGUGAAUUCAAGGAGAAGAAAAGGGUAUUUCGGACCUGAGGAGGGCAAGAAGUAUAUUGUUAUAUUUAUUGAUGAUCUGAAUAUGCCAGCCAAAGAGAAGUAUGGUGCAUAGCCUCCAAUAGAAUUGUUAAGAUAGUGGAUGGAUACUGGUGGUUGGUAUGAUUUAGAAACUAAGGAACCUAAAUUCCUCUAAGGGAUUACCUUUAUUGCUAGUAUGUUACCGCCAACAGGAGGCAGAAAUGUUGUUAGUAUGAGAUAUUUAAGACACUAUGUUCUCUUGUAUGUUGAACCUUUCGAAGGAGAUUCAUUGUAAAGAAUAUUUUAAAAUGUGUUGGAAUGGUAUUAUGCUCGCUAGACAACUCCAUUUAUGAAAUCAAUUACAAAUAUGAGGGACUCAACAGUCAAUGCCACUCUUGACAUUUAUUAAUUAAUACAAACCUGUAAGGAGCUCUUGCCAACUCCAGCUAAAUCGCAUUAUAUCUACAAUCUUAGAGAUAUUAGCAAGGUGUUCUAAGGAAUUUCAAAAGGGAUUGUGAAAUCCUUUAGGGAUGAAAAUGAUUUCAUAAAAUUAUGGGCACACGAAUGCCAACGAGUCUUCUAGGAUAGAUUGAUUAAUGAAGAUGACUAAGGAACCUUUGAUAAGAUCCUAAAGGAAACUAUUCUGAAACAUUUCAAAAGAGAUUGGAAACAAUUGGUGCAAAUAGAACCACUCCUAUGGGCUUCCUUUGUACCCACCCUCUAUCCUGAUGAUGAUAGAACAAAGAGACCCAUGACUGAUAUCUAUUGUGAAUUGACGGAUCGAGAAACUCUUAAGAAAGUAUGUCAAGAACAAUUAAAUGAAUACAAUUCAUAGUACACAAGUAAUCGAAUGGAAUUAGUGUUAUUUAUGAAUGCAAUCUAACAUGUGCUUAAGAUAGUGCGUGUGGUUAAUACAACAUUUGGUCAUGCUUUGUUGGUUGGUGUAGGAGGUUCUGGAAGGAAGAGUUUGGCUUAAUUGGCCUCCUUCAUUGCAUUCCAAAAUGAAACUUUGUAAGUGGACUCAAGAAAUUGGAUCGAAGAAUUGUAGAAGGUGAUGAAGAUGGGAGGAAUAGAUCAAAAAGAAAUAGUGUUCAUGUAUUCAGACACUUAGAUUAUUAAGGAAUCUAUGGUUGAGGACAUUUGCAAUAUCUUGAACAAUGGUGAAGUGCCCAAUUUAUUUCCUACUGAGGAGAAGAGCAAAAUCAUAGAAGAAAUGAGUAGUUACACAUCUGGAACUCCAAAUGAGAAAUAUGGUUAUUUUGUAAAAUAAUGCAAGAAGAAUUUGCAUCUCGUUAUUUGCAUGUCUCCUGUGGGAGAAGCAUUUAGAAGAAGAUUACGUACUUUUCCUGCUUUGGUUAACUGUACAACAAUCGAUUGGUUUUUGCCAUGGCCUGAAGAGGCACUUAGAUCAACUGCGAAUGCUGUAUUUACAAGGGACAUGAAUAUCAAUGACAAUAAAUUGAGACAAGGUUUGGUGGAUAUAGCAGUCGAUAUGCAAAUGAGAGUAUCUGAUCUAACCAAAAGAUAUUACAAUGAAUUAAGAAGAUAUUAUUAUGUAACACCAACAUCGUAUUUGGAAUUGCUUAACACAUUCAAGAGACUCAAAUCAGAUAGAGAUCAAAAUAUGUCCAAAAUGAUAUCUCGAUAUGAGGCAGGCAAAGUGAGGUAAGCAAAAUGUAAAAAGGAGUUGGAAGAUUUGUAACCAAAAUUGGAGUAGGCUACUAAGGACAACAGUGUGAUGUUGAUAAAUUUGUAAAAGAAAUAGAAAGAAGCUGAUGCAAGGAAGUAGGUUUGUCAAUAAGAAGAGAAGGAUUGUAAUGUACAAAGAGAUGGGGCAAAUGCUUUAAGAAAUGAUUGCUAAAAUGAUCUAGACAAAGUGUUGCCCAUCUUGGCUUAAGCUGCUGAAGCUUUGGAAAAGAUUGAUAAAAAUGAUAUGGUUUAAUUGAAAUCAUUCCCUAAGCCUCCUCCCUCAGCUGCCAUUGUCAUGGAAGGGUUAUGUUACAUCUUCCAAGAGGACCAAAAUGUACCUUGGAAACCAAAGGAACCAGGCUCUAUGGAGAAGGUCUAAGACUUUUGGGAGUACUCAAAAAAGAAUCUGUUGAAUGAUAAGUUGAUCAAGAGAAUUAAGGAUUUCAGAGAUGAUUCUAUCAGAUAAAUUCCAUAAGUGAAAAUCAAUAAAUUAAAAGCAUUUUCUCAAAAUCCAUUGUUUUAGAAGGAUAAGGUGUUUAAUGCAUCUGUUGCUGCAGGUAAUCUCAGCUUAUGGGUUCGUGCAGUCGUAGAGACAUAUGAUGCCUUAUUGGUUGUGGAUCCCAAGAGACAGUAAUUAUUGGAGGCAGAAGCCAAAUUAAAAGAAGCCGAAGAAACUCUAAGAGUAAAGCAAGAAGCACUAUAGGAAGUGCUAGAUAUGUUGGCUAAAUUAGAAGCAGAUUAUAAUAAGGCAAAACAGGAGAAAGAAGAUUUGGAAGCCAAAGUUAACAAGUGCAAGGUCUAAUUGAGUAGAGCUGAAAAAUUAAUCACUGAAUUAGGUGGUGAGAAGGAGAGUUGGAAAAAGAAGGCUGCUGAUUAUAGAGUCGAUUCUAAGACAAUCGUUGGUGAUUGUAUCCUAUCCUCAGGAAUUGUGGCAUACUUGGGAGCAUUUCCAAUUGCUUAUAGAGAUGACACAAUCAAAAUAUGGUAGACAUUAUUAGAAAAGUUAAUUAUUGAAUUCGAUCCAGAAUAUUCCUUAUAGAAGAUAUUGUGCGAUCCAAUAACUAUAGGACAAUGGACUAAUGUUUAAAAGUUACCUAAUGAUUCAUUCUCUAUUGAUAAUGCUAUUAUUCUGAAAAAUUCCACUAGAUGGCCUUUGAUGGUUGAUCCUCAGACUUAGGCUAACACUUGGGUUAAGCAUAUGGAGGCCUAACAAUUAGUUAUUGUGAGACCCACAUAGUCUUCAAAUGUAUUGUCAAAGACCUUGGAAAGUGCUUUGCAGUUUGGAUAGAGUGUGCUGUUAGAAAAUGUAGGUGAAGCCAUUGAUACUAUUUUCGAAUCGAUUCUAUAAUAAAAGAUUAUAAAACAAGGUUCUGCCUACAAAUUGAAAUUUGGAGAUAAAAUGAUUGACUAUUCCAAAGACUUUAAGUUUUACAUGACUACUAAAUUGGCUAGACCUCAUUAUCCACCUGAAAUUUGUGUGAAAGUUACUAUGUUGAAUUUCUAAGUCACUUAGGAGGGAUUAGAGGAUCAGAUGUUAAAUAUUGUCGUUAAAAUAGAAGAGCCAGCUAAGGAUGAAUAAAGGUAAAGGAAUAUCAAAGAAUUCUUUGAAAAUAAGAAUAAACAAAAGAUGACUGAAGACAAUAUUUUGUAAUUAUUGCAAGAUUCUAAAGGCAAUCUACUGGAUGAUGAAGUCUUGAUUGAUACGUUGUAGAGAUCGAAAGCAGAAUCAAUCACAAUAUAGGAUAAGUUGAAGAAGUAGGAGUAAGAUAGGGAAUAAUUUAAUUAAAUUCGUAACUUUUAUAAAGAAGUUGCCAAGAGAGUAGCAAAUUUGUAUUUUGUUGUUUUGGAUCUUUCAUUGAUUGAGCCUACCUAUUAAUGGUCUUUGGAGUUCUAUAUCAUCCUAUUUGAGAGAGCAAUUCGAGAGUCAAUUUAAGGGAAGGAGAAUAGAAGCAAAAAUAUCAUAGAUAAAUUUUAGAUCUCUUUAUAUGAGAGUAUUUGCAGAUCCCUAUUGGAGAAGGAUAAAUUGAUUUAUUCAUUUUUGAUGACUAUGAAAGUGAUGUAAAGUGAGGGUAAGAUUACUCCACAAGAAAUACGUUUCACCAUGGUUGGAGGAACAUACACAGAUCCCACAUACCCAUAGCCAUAACCAGAAUGGAUAUCUAAAAGGAUGUGGUGUCUAGUAACAGAAGCUGCUGAUACUUUACCAUUUUUCAAAGGAUUCCCUGAGUCUUUCUCUAACAAUCUAGCCGAUUGGUAAGAAAUGUAUGAUAGUAGUGAGCCACAAAUGUAAAAAUUACCAGAACCUUGGCAUUCAUAAUUGAGUGCUUUUCAAAAACUAAUUGUCUUGCGUAUAAUAAGACCUGAUAAAUUUGCAAAUGCAACUUAAAAUCUGAUCAUAACAGAAAUGGGCAAAUAAUUUAUGGAUCCUCCCCCAUUCAACCUAGAACAUGCCUAUAAAGAUGCAGAUGCUUACACUCCUCUUAUAUUCAUAUUGUCUCCAGGUGCUGAUCCUCGUUUGGAAAUAUCAACAUUAGCUGAUCGUCUAGGAUUUAGAUAGAAUUUCAUCACUCUCUCCUUGGGAUAAGGUUAAGGAGAAAUAGCUACUAAUGCGAUAAAGGGAGCUGUUAAGGAAGGCAAAUGGGUGUUAUUGUAAAAUUGUCAUCUUGCCCCUUCAUUUAUGCCUGAAUUAGAAAGAAUACAUGAAUAAGAGAUAUGUGCAAAACCUGUACAGGAAGUUAAUUCUGAUUUUAGAAUUUGGUUGACUUCGAUGCCCUCAAAUGUAUUUCCAGUGACUCUAUUAAUGAGAGGUAUUAAAAUGACAUAUGAGCCACCAAGAGGCUUAAAAAAUAAUAUGUUGAGAAACUUCUCAUCAAUAGACGCGAAGAGUUUUGAAUUAUGUAAGAAACCAGUAGAAUGGAAAAAACUGUUUUUCGGUUUGAACUUCUUCCAUGCAGUUUGUCUAGAGCGUCGUAAGUAUGGACCUCUGGGAUGGAAUAUUCCUUAUGAAUUCACUUCAGCAGAUCUAGCCAUAUCUGUAUCUUAGUUGAAAAACUUCCUUGACACUUUCGAGGAUAUUCCUUGGGAAGCUCUCAAUUACAUGGUCGCUGAAGCUAAUUAUGGAGGCAGAGUCACGGACCCAAAGGAUAGAAGUUCUACACAACAGACGUGUUAUAGAUAGACAAACAUAAAUUAAGUCCGAAGUGGUACUUAUUAUGUGCCUCCAAAUGGAGUAUUAGAGGAUUACAAGGAAUACAUAAAGAAUCUGCCUUUGAAUGACUAGACUGAAGUGUUUGGACUCCAUGAUAAUGCAGAGAUAUCAUCAGCAAUUAUUGAAACUAAUUUCAUUACAUCAACUAUAUUGUCCUUACUACCUAGAUCAACAGGAGGUGCUGGUGCAUCUGCAGAAGAUCUAAUCAAAGAGAAAUGCAAACUAAUCUUAUCUAAAUUGCCAAAUCAAUUUAAUGUGGAGGAAGCAGCUCGGAAACACCCUGUACAAUACAAUCAGAGUAUGAACACAGUUUUACAAUAAGAGUUGAUUAGGUUUAACAAAUUAUUGCAAGCUGUUAGAUAGUCACUUAUUGAUUUAGGUAAGGCUAUUGAUGGUUUGGUUGUGAUGAGUUCAGAUCUGGAAUAAGUCUUCAACAAAGUGUUUGAUAAUUAAGUUCCAGAUGUUUGGCAUAAGGUGGCUUAUCCAUCUCUCAAACCACUGGGUUCUUGGAUUAAUGACUUUAUUGAUAGAUUGCAUUUCAUGUAAUUGUGGAUUGACAAUGGGGCACCACCCACCUUCUGGGUAUCUGGAUUCUUUUUCACUCAAUCAUUUUUGACUGGCACACUCCAGAACUUUGCUCGAAAAUACCAAAUUCCUAUUGAUACCCUCUCAUUUGAAUUCAUUGUGAUCCCUCCUUCUUCUUAAGAAUAUGAUCUUUCCAAACCUCCUGAUGAUGGUUGUUAUGUCUAUGGUCUCUUCCUUGAUGGUGCUCGAUGGGAUGAGGAAAAUAGAUGUCUCAAUGAAAGCUUACCUAAAAUACUGUAAUAUAGGGUGCCCUACUUGUGGCUAUUGCCAAGCGAAGAGAAGAAGGAUUGGGAGGCUGACUUAUCUGUAAUGGCUAUAAUAUUAAACUAGGUUUAUGAAUGUCCAGUAUAUAAGACAUCGAGAAGAGCUGGAACACUGUCCACAACAGGUCAUUCCACUAACUUUGUUAUUUCUAUAUAUUUACCUAUAUCUCCUGAUCAUCAUCCCUACCAUUGGGUCAAAAGAGGAGUGGCCAUGCUAUGCUAAACUGAUGACUGA